AUGUCACGAAUCACUCCUUUGGCUACUCGAUUGGCAUCUGUGAGCUCUGCCGUUCCAAGAGCAACAUUUCCUGCGUCGCCUUUCGCCGCAUCAAGAUGCAUCUCUUCCACAGCCGCCCGGAGGACGGGCCCCGUUGAUACGACCAAGGAUACACUGAAGAAGGCGGACAGAUUGGUCUCGGAUGCAGCUGUGAAGGGAAUCAAUAAGGGUGAACAAGCAACCGAGAAAAUCAAGAACGCUGUUGGCAUCGCCUCGGAGGAGACCAAGGCCAAAGGGGAGGAGGUCAAGGGUGAGACGGCCGAGGCCGCUGGUAAGAGUAAGGAGAUGGCAGAAGAAGCAAAGGGGAAGACUGAACAGGCCUUUGGCGAAGCUAAGGAUAAGGCUAAAAAGACCUUUGACUAG